AUGCCCGUCGGCAGCAUCUCCUCCAGCCCUGACACCGUUGGAGUGGCAGUGGUCAACUACCGCGUGCCCAUCUGCGAGACCCGGGAGGAUGUGAUGGAGAACUGCAAGAAGAUUGCAGCCACGGUGCAGGGGCUGAAGCGCGGGUACCCGGGGCUGGACCUUGUGAUCUUCCCAGAGUACAGUACCCAGGGCUUCCACCCAACCCUGUGGUCCCAGCUGACCACCACCCUGGACGGCCCCGAGGUGGAGGUCUUCAAGCAGGCCUGCAAGGACAACGGCGUGUAUGGCAUCUUCAGCCUUACUGGCGAGAAGCACCCGGACCCUGCCAAAAACCCGUACAACACCCUCAUUAUGAUCACGGACCAGGGCGAGAUCAACCACGUGUACCGCAAGAUCUUCCCGUGGGUGCCAAAGGAGCCCUGGACGGCGGGCCACGAGACGAGCGGCCUGGUGGUGGGCGGCUGCAUCUGCUACGACAUGAACAUGCCUGAGAUCGGGCGGGACCUGACCUUCAAGGGCGCGGAGCUGCUGGUCCGCAUCCAGGGCUACAUGUACCCCGCCAAGGAGCAGCAGAUCAACGUGGCAAAGAUCAGGGCCUGGGAGAACAACGCCUAUGUGGCGGUUGCCAACAUGGCGGGGCGCGACCUGGUGUACAGCUACUUUGGCCACUCCAACAUCAUCUCCUUUGACGGUACCACCCUGGCAGAGUGCGGUACCAGCCCGGACGAGGCCACCUACAGCGAGCUCUCCCUCUCCGCCAUCCGCAACGCCCGCCGCAACUGGACCGCGGAGAACCAUAUUUACAACCUCAUGCACCGCGGCUACACGUCGGAGGGCCCUGGCGGCCACGCGGCCUGCCCCUUCGACUUCUACAAGACCUGGACCGCCGCCCCGGAGAAGGCCAAGGCGCUGUCGGAGGCGCUGACCCGAGAUGCGGACUCCCCGGGCGACGCGACCUGCAUCGACAUCGCUCCCAUGCCGCCCUCCCGCCUGAUCCAGAACUCCCUGGGAAAGGCCGCCAAUGGCAAGGCUGCCAACGGGCUGGCUGCCAACGGCCACGCCAAUGGCCACGCCAACGGCGUGCACUGA